GCCCUUAUUUGGUCAAACCCCGCGCCGAGACUCAGCUCUAAAAGCGGCGCUUUCUGGUGAACUCAGUAUUGUAAGAGAGAAUAAAAGAGGAGGAAGAGCAGGAUAAACCCCGACAAGCUGAACUGGACUUUGUUUCUUUGUAUUUGACAGAAUGAAGCUCCAAACAUCUCUCCUCAUGGUCCUGCUCUCCACACACUGCGCGUCCGGGGCUGCAUACUCAUAUCCCCGGGCUCAGAAUGUCACUUGGAGCUCCACCAACUUUAAAACUGUCCUGAGCUGGGGACCCCAGCCCUCUGCGGAUUACUCAUACACUGUGGAGUUUUUUGUGGCUGGAGGAGACAGAAAGAGGAACCUUCACUGCAUCCGCUCCAAUGCCACAAUGUGCGACCUGUCCAUCUCUCUGACUGAGCUCAAGUCCUGCUACUCAGCUGACAUCCUGUCAAAACCGCCACUGGGAACCACAUCAGAUGACAACGAGUUCCCACAUACCACCUCACCCUUGUUCUGCCCUUACCGAGAAAGUAGGUUCCUCAUGUUCCCUUCAACCAGCAUGAUGGAUUAGAACCACACAGACUGGCUCAGCAGAGGUGCAUGAAUGACAUAUUUAUAUUGAACCGACUGCUUCAAACUCAAAACUAUUGUAUCACUUUUAGACCCAGAAACACAAUAAGAUCCUGAAACAAAAGUCCACCAGAACAGGAAACACAAUGCUAUUCUCUCAAUACAUUGGGAUAUAAGUAUAAUGCCACUUAUAUGUAAGUAAUUCAAUAUAUGCAGUUAAAGUGUACUCAGUUUAUAUUUGGAAGUUGGAAGUACAACAGGAACCUCCUGCUGAUUAAUUCUCCUGAAAGCUGCAGGUUUUACAGCAGACCUGAGGUUCACAUUCUCUAUGUAGCUGACAUGCAAAUAAAUCGUAGGAAAAACUUGUUAGCUCUUCUGGCA